AUGGCUACCGAGCUCACUGUCCAGUCGGAGCGCGCUUACCAGAAGCAGCCUCACAUCUUCCAGAACCACAAGGUCGGAGGUCCCCGCAAGAACACCCGCACCAGGAGAUGGCACAAGGAUGUCGGUCUGGGUUUCCGCACCCCCAAGACCGCCAUUGACGGCACCUACAUCGACAAGAAGUGCCCUUUCACCGGCAUGGUCUCCAUCCGUGGCCGUAUCCUCACCGGUACCGUCAUGUCCACCAAGAUGCACCGCACCUUGAUCAUCCGUCGUGAAUACCUCCACUUCAUCCCCAAGUACUCCCGUUACGAGAAGCGCCACAAGAACCUCGCCGCGCACGUUUCCCCCGCUUUCCGUGUCGAGGCCGGUGACCAGGUCAUCGUUGGCCAGUGCAGGCCCCUCUCCAAGACCGUCCGCUUCAACGUCCUCCGCGUCCUUCCCCGCAAGGAUGUGACCGCCAAGCAGUUCUCCAAGUUCUAA